GACCUCUUUUAUUUCCUCCUUGGAUAAGCUUGACGACAGAAAGUGAGGGAGGGAAUUGACAGAGAAACCUGAGAGUAUUGAAACCGGAGUGUCACGCAGUAUCACUGCAGCAUUUACAGUGGCUAGCAUCUGAAAACAACACUGAUUGUACAAAUGGAUGUCUGAAGGAUGGAUUGAGAAUUGACCUUUGGGAUUACGGUGGAGAGGAAGAGGGAGUGUGUGUGUGUGUGUGUGUGUGUGUGUGUGUGUGUGUGUGUGUGUGUGUGUGUGUGUGUGUGUGUAUAGAGAGUGUGUGUAACAGCUGCCUGAAAGGACAGGUAACUUAUUAACAGCAAGAAAGGAGCAGAGGGUAUACAACGCCUUGGCCUGCUGCAGAAACAGAAAAUGGAAUCCUGCUUCACUGUACUCUCACUUUAACCACCUGAAAGCCAAUACAAAACCUCCUCCCACGUACACACACACACUUGGAUAUUGUGUCCCGCUGUCGCACACGCCGCAAGAGUCCAGAACAUUGUCAACAAGGAGAGACAGAGCCAACCCGCGCCUGGAUCACAUGCAGACAAUCAGCACUCGGCUGGCUUUGCUUAGGUAGUGGUAGACAAACACACUCCAAGCUGUAAACAUGGAGCCCCUGGAGGAAUACCACUCUCCGUUUGACUUUGAACAAGGAGUCAACGCCAGCUACCUCUACCUCUCCCCGGCCUACAGUGACACGCCGCCCAGCUCGCCAGCUGUUAAAACCAGAGGUUCCCAGCAGCAUCCAGACUCAGUCCCAGAGGUGGGAGAAGAUGCCGUGACGUCUGUGGGUCCCUCUUCUGCUCCCCCCGCCAUGACAGAGGAGGAGCGGCAGGAGUUACAAGAAGAGUUGGUCAAGGUUGAGGAUGAGAUCCUGACUCUGUCCCAGGUGUUGGCAGCCAAGGAGAAGCAGUUGGUGGACAUUAAGAGGAAGCUGGGCAUCACACCUCUCAAUGAGCUGAAACAGAACUUCACCAAAACCUGGCAGGAGGUCACCACCUCCACGGCCUAUAGGAGGACGUCUGAAACACUGUCUCAGGCGAGCCUGAAGGCCACAGCAGCGUUCACCAAUGUGGGCUCAGCCAUCACCAAGAAGCUUGAGGAUGUCAGCAUGCGCUCAUUACAACAUUCAACUAGUAUGCCUGUCAUGAGGAAUGCACCAACUUUCAAAUCAUUUGAGGAGAAAGUGGAGACUUUGAAGACCAAGAUGAGUCCUUCAGCGUCCACCAGUAACCCUGGCGAGCAGGACAGCGCCACCACCGAGUCUUUGCUCAGUCAGCCAGAAGGCUCGCCCACCCAGGAGAUAAACUGAAACUUGCCUGACCCCUCCCAACCUCCCACCCACCCCUCCUCACUUGACCUUCUAACCCCUAGACCGUCAACACUCACCCCCUAAACUCUUGUGUGCCAGUCUCCCUUUAUUGGAAACAAGUGACUUACCACAGCCUUUCUUGUGAUCUAAUUGUCUGGUCUUUUUGUCUGACACGUGUGCUCGCUUGUUAACUGGUGUGGAAACUGAAAGCAUGGGAUGUCUUGUGUCGAUCGUAUAUUUGAGUCUAUUCUGGCUCGCUGUAGGAGAAAUCCUCCCUGCUGUAUAACUUUCCUUUUCUCCUUUCCUUUACCUCCUGCACUCCUUAUUUCUCCGUCUUUGUCUAACCAGCAAAGCUCAGAUGUCAAACAUGCUCCUAGUUUAUUUUUUCUUUAUCAAAUUAACAGUUUCAUUAUUUAGUUUGAGUGUAGAAAAUUGCACAAAUAUAGAAAUAUUACAAACUUAUUUUCAUAAGCA